UUAUUACACUGCGUACGCGACCAUAUUGACCUUUAUUUUUUUCUUUUUGCUCUGAUCAUUUUUUACAUUCCUUGCGCGUGCGCGUAAUCCCACAGAUUAACUCUGCUGGUUUCGACACACUUUGAUUUUCAGCUGCAGAAUUGAGAAUACAUUUGCACGUCCUUGUCACUGUGCUGAGGGUGGCUACACGCGCAAAGCAUGAAAGAGCGCUGAUUUUUAAAAGUGUAGAAAAACUGAAAUGCAGUUGAUGUAAGAGAUUUGCUGUACCUGCAGUGCUUUCUCUCGACGCACUUGGUGGCUGCAGCCUUCCCCUCGGUGCUGGGAGUGUUGAAUGUGUCUGACAGCGGCUUGUCAGAGUGGCAGAGAGCAGAGUGUGGAUCAACUCCUCCUCCACUGACCCUGACUCAGUGUGACCGCCGACUGUGACUGUCCGGUACUCCCGGUUCUCGUCCUGCUUCCACCAUGAGCGACUCCUUCAUCGUCGCCAUCGACUUCGGCACCUCGUACAGCGGGUUCGCCUUCAGCAUGACGUCCCGAGAGGAGGACAUCGACCCCUACCUUCCCCCCUGGGGGGAAGAGGUCGGCUUGGAGACCCCCAAAACCCCCACCUGCAUCCUGUUUGAUGAGCACCAGCAGUUUGUCAGCUUUGGUUAUGAAGCCAAAGUGUCGUACGUCAAAAUGCGCGGAGACGACGCGCGAAAAAAGUUCUUCUUUGAAUGCUUCAAGAUGUCUCUCUAUGGAAAAAAACUCAGCAGUGAUCUGACCAUCAGAGCCGCCAAUGGGAAGUGUAUGAAGGCCCUGAAGGUGUUCACCGAGGCUCUGAGAUACCUGAAGGACAGCGCCCUGAAAACCAUCAACAACACGUCUGGGAGGAAGUUCAUUGCCUCCGACUUCAACUGGGUGCUGACUGUACCUGCCAUCUGGGAUCCUUCAGCAAAGCAGUUCAUGAGGAAAGCUGCCACUCAGGCUGGUAUUGUGACCAAAGGAAACGAGUCCAAGCUGAUAAUAGCACUGGAACCAGAGGCAGCCUCCAUCUGGUGCAAGAAGCUCCCAGCUGACGGUUUCACUGCACGGAGCCAAGGAGACAACACACUGGAGCAGUCUCCAGGGACACAAUACAUUGUCGUGGACUGUGGAGGUGGAACUGUGGACAUCACUGUCCAUGAGGUCCUGGAUGGAGGAGACUUGAAGGAGCUGCACAAAGCCUCGGGGAACAACAUGGGCGGACAAACUGUGGACCAGAAAUUCAAAGAACUGCUGAAAACAAUCUUCUGUGAUGGUGUGUGGGAAGAAUAUGAAAGGCAGUACCCCAGUGAGGUUCAGAAAAUGAUGUACGACUUCACUCUGUUCAAAAAGAAAGACCAGGAGGUGGAGAUCAGCUGUCCUUAUAAUCUGGGAAAAUUAGCUCAGGAAGUGAAGGAUGUGGAAGCCUUCUUUCAAACGGUGAGCGGUGCUUCCUGGAAUGAGGGCUCCAUCCAAAUCUCUCGAGAGAAACUGAGGUCUUUCUUUAAAGAGAGUCUGAAUGGCAUCACUGCCAGUGUGAGAGAAAUGUUGAGGAAAGACCUCAACAUCGAGUAUCUUCUGUUAGUCGGGGGCUACGCCGAGAGUCAGAUUCUGCAGCAGCACAUCAUCAGUCAGUUCUCCGGUCAGUGUAAAGUUCUGUGUCCUUUCAGAGCCCAAGAGGCCAUCGUGAAGGGAGCAGUGCUGUUUGGGAGAACCCCGGAGGUGGUGGCAUCUCGCCAGAGUGCUUUCACUUACGGGCUUGCUGUAGGUAACCGGUUCGAUGCGUCCAAGCACAGAGCAGACAAGAAAUAUACAAACAAAGAUGGUGAGUGGUGUCAUGAUAUCUUCAUGAAGCUGGUGGCCAUUAACGAGAACGUGGCCUGGGACGACACCAGAGAACAUACCUUAACUCCAUCUGGGUCUGAUCACUCAACGAUUGACUUUGCGUUUUACUGCACAGAGAAAGAAAGUCCGUUCUACGUGGACGAGGAUGGGGUGGAGAAAAUAGGUUCAUUCGUGGUUAGCUCGCCCGACACAAGACUCGGCAUGAAACGUGAAAUCAAACUGAAGCUCAAGUUUGGCUUCACAGAAGUGCUGGCCACAGCCACAGAUGUAGAAUCGGGUUCGACAGAAUCAGUCGAGCUUGAUUUCAUGAGGAAGUUGUGAAGUUAUCAAACUGUAGAAAAGUGCAUCAAUCCAUCAAUUCACCAGCACGAAGCUACAGAGGUCAGUCAGAGGUCCACUUAUUCAGAGUGUGGACAGAGUCAGUGACUGGGUUAAAAUCUGUUUAAGAGUCUGUCAGCUGGUUUCUCAAAAGUCGGUGAAAUAUAAGAUGAAGCUAGUCUAUAAAUGUUGGAGUAAUAAAAAUGAAUCUUGCGCAGGUAAUCUCUUUGGUGUUGGUGGUUGCCCUCAGUAAAUCCUCCAUAACGGAGAAUUAUGACUGCUGUGGAGAGAUUAUUUUUGUUAAACUGAGCCAAUGUCUUCUUCAAAAUCAUCUCCCAACAUCAGUGAUUCCCAAGCCUUUUCUUGAGAGACCCAUAUUUUCACCAUUGCACCAACCGUCGUAAGUAAAAAGCUAAAUCUGAAAUCCAUUGUCUUUGUUGAACCCCUUUACAAUCUGUUCCUUUUGUCUGACAUCGAUUAAAAUAGUCUGAGACUUGUCCUAGUUUUCAGUUCAGUCAUGUCCUUUCUUGAAGGGAGCCGAGAGCUGUUCCAGGUCUUAGUCAAGAUUUACAUUAAACCUGGUUUAACUUCAGAUUAAAGCCUGUUUGCUUCACACUGUAUGGUGAAAAUGGAUUACAACAAGAGAAGAGAUGGAGAUGGUGCAUUGCUUCAUAAAUUUUGAUUUGAAGAGUUGAGGCCAUGGCCGUAAUUUAAAUCAGAGUGCAAAAGACGAUAUUAUUUAGCUUAUGUCACCUACUGGGAACAAUAAUAGAUCCACUAAAAGAAGUGAAUGUUGGAGUGUUUUCCUACUUGAACUGUCCAGACGACCAUCAUCUGGGAUGCCUUCCAGCUGUUGCUGGCUUUCAGUCAUCCCACAUUACAAGUGUCCAAGGUCAUCCAUCUCUUGUCAAACUGUUGGUCCCCCACCUGUCUUGAACCCGUCCCUACGAGCAAUGGUUGUUGUUUUCUCCAACUGCACUUUCAUGUUUUUCCACAGGACCUAGAAAAGCCACCGUAACAAUGUGUGUGGCUCACAUGAGAAGACACAUAUUUCAUGUCAUUUGUUUCUUUAAUAUUGGUGUGGGAGUCCCCCUGUCUGGUGGGGUUGGGGGUGGGGCCAGGGUGCCGGCACCUCAACAGUCCUGGUCUACGACUGUGGACAGCCCCAAUGGUUUGUCUUUAGUGCCAUGCCAUGUCUCCCUGUUCUCAGUGUUUUGUGUGUGUGUGUGUGUGUGUGUGUGUGUGUGUGUGUGUGUGUGUGUGUGUGUUUCACUGUAUUAUGUGUUUUUAUUGUGAUAUACAUUGAUGAUCGGGGAUGGGCUUCCCUUUUUUUUGUUCUCUGGUUUAAAUGCUAUGAAACACAUCGUGUUGUUGUUUUUUUGUUUUUUUUGUACAUGAAAAGUGCUGUACAAAUAAAGUUUGAUUGAUUGUU